AUGCUCGUAAGAGUCAUCAGUGGCAUCUUCUUCAGAAAUAUCAACACUGCUUAUUCCGCGUCAACCAGAGGAGCAAUGGCCUCUUCAGCCGCUGUGCCCCACAAUGAAAUCACUAAAGAGCAGUUCGCGUCUCAUCUAAGCCAAUACCCAGCCCUCCUCGAGGAAAUAUCAGAGUCCAAAGGCGCCAAAGAUGGUCAAAGGAUGCUCUCUGAGCUGGACCACUUCCGCUACGUAGACGCCGUAGCGACUUUCGACCUGAAGAAUCCAAAACGAGAAAUGGAUCUUGAAGAUAUCAAGACGCUGGUAGAGUGGAAGCUACGACACGGCAAAUUCCGCCCAAAGCUCCUCUCCCUCGUCUCCUCCAACCCCCCAACCACAGUCUCCCAAACCCUCGACUUCGCCCGCAACUUCUACACCAACUCAAACGACGCCAGAGGCACAGUCCGAGCCCUCGCCAAGCUCAAAGGUAUCGGCCCCGCCACCGCCUCCCUCCUGCUCUCCGUGCACGACGCCCAAAACGCCAUCUUCUUCUCCGACGAGGCCUUUUACUGGCUGUGCUGUGGCGGCAAGAAGGCAAGCAUCAAGUAUAACAUCGACGAGUAUGCAGCCCUGAACGAUGAGGCGCAAGCUUUGGUCAAGAGGCUUGAUGUGUCGGCGACGGACAUUGAAAAGGUGGCGUAUGUUUUGAUGAAACGGUCCAACUUGGUCAAUGAUUCGAAAGCAGAUACAGCAAAGGCCAAUGCGCCAGCCAAAGCCAAAAAUCCAGCCGCAUCGGAGCCUAAAAAGCGAAAGACAGCUUCUAAUGAAAGUGUGAAAACAGAGACAAAGGCGAAGGGUAAGGUAGAGGAAAAAGCGCUGACAGAGGAAAAUUCAUCUGUGAGACGGUCGAAGAGGCUUAGGAAAUAA